AGAUGUGAGGAGAUCAGAGAGAGAGGACUCAGAGGACUUAAAGGUGAGAGACAGACUGAGCACGCUCAGUUGCUGCUUCACCUGCACCGCCUCACACAGCUAAUAGACACACAGAGUCCUUCAAUUGGGUCCUCAGUCCUGGGUUCCUCUACCAUCUUCUGCUGUCAUCCAUCUGCAUCUCCAUCCUGGUUGGUACUCACCUUCAGGAAAGGGAUCAUCCACGUCCACAUCUCCAUAUCUUACCAUUGCAAUACUCACCUUGGACAUUCACUGUGGAAGAGGGUGUUUGAUUUAAAGUCAGCUUCUUCAUCAGGAGAUCUCAACACUUCAGGAGGACCAGGAGACCUGGAGAUGGGGGGUUCAGAGUUAACACCAACAACAAGACAUCUCUCUGAAUUAAUGGACAAACUUAAAAAACAUGCAUCUUCAUUCAUCGAAAAGUUUGGCAGGAGUGAACAAAGGUUGAGAGAGAUUGUUGCAGAGUUUAGGGAGAUCACUUAUGAAGUGAGAAAGAUGCAGGAGAGAACAGAUAAAGUCAGAAGAGUAGGAACUGGUGCACUAGGAGUCUCAGCCAUUGGCAUGCCGAUUGGCUUACUUGCAGGCGGAGCAGGAGUAGCAGGAGCAGAAGCAGCAGGAGGGGCAGGAGUAGCAUCAGCCUUUUUAGCAACAUUAUGGCCAAGUGCAGCAGCAGCAGCAGCAGCAGCAGCAGGAGCAUCAGUAAUCGCAACAGCAGGAACAAUAGGAGCAGUAAUAGCAACAGGAUCAGCCAUUUUUGUUGCUGGUGCAAAUGUAACAAAAAAGAGAUCAGAGAGUGGAAGUAUAAAUAAAGUAAAACAGCUGAGGAAAGAGUUCAUGGAGAUCGUUGAACCGCUGAAGAAUGAUCUGGAAGAAAUAAAGAAGACGUGUGAGGAGUUGGAGCAAAGAUCAGCUGAACGUCAGGCUGGAAUCACUCUGACAGAUAUGUUGAAGUUUCAGUGCUCAGUGUCUGAACAGGGUAGUAGUGACGGAGUAUUGUCUACUAUGUGGAAAGUCUUCACACCUACUGCAUCCCCUGAAGAGGACAGAAAGUUACCAGACUCCAUCAUCCAGUCAGCUGAUCUCUCUCAGAAAGUCAUUGAUGACUUGAAGAAGAUGAAGGAAGAACUCAAAGACUUCAGAAACAGUGACCAUACACGCUGCAGUCUGAAGAAAGGAUUAAUGAGCCGUGUAGUAACGAAGCAGCGCCACAAGAUGGCAUCUGAUGCACCGGGUGGGAACCCUGCACAUGUUUCACAAUAAAAGCCUGGAUAGAAACUACAGGAUUCUGUCCAGAGGGCUUUUAUUUUGAAACAGGAAGUGUUGAGUUUGUACUAACAGCAUCAUGCAGAAACAUUUUCUUUCUUUUUUCUGAUUUAUUAGAAUGAGAUGAUGUUUAUAUAAGCUGGAUAUUUGUGUAUGUUUAUCUCUUUUUUUCUUAGUUGUACCUUGUGUAGAGGUAUCUGCAUGGGCGUAGGACUGGAGGGGGGGGGGACUGAGUACCAGGGCCCUCAUGUGAGGA